UUCUCUUUCUCCCUCCUGCCCUGGUCACAAGCUGUCUCCUGUAGAGCUGUGAGGCGAGCCGAUAGUGAAGCUGAAAAGGACUAGGAUGCAGGGAUAGCCCUCUGUGUCCUAUCGGCCCUUACCUGGUCCCCUGGUCGCAGCUCUGCUACCCCCAUGAGAAAUCAAGAAGCCACACCCUGGUGCAGCAUAUUGUCAUUCCAGGGAGAGAUGCCUCUGACCUUCCAGGAUGUGGCUGUGUACUUCUCCAGGGCAGAAGGGCAGCAGCUGGGCCCCCAGGAGCGGGCGCUCUACCGGGAUGUGAUGUUGGAGAACUAUGGGAACGUGGCCUCACUGGGAUUUCCAGUCCCUAAGCCAGAGCUGAUCUCCCAGCUGGAGCAAGAGGAGGAGCUGUGGGUCCUGGAUCUUCUGGGGCCUGAAGAAGCAGAAGUCUUAAGAAGUUGCCAGACAGAUUCUGAGAUUGAGACUGAGAAGGAGCUAUCCAUUUUAAACCAGAAAUGUUCUGAAGAAGUAAAAACACCAGAAUUAGUAUCACAGAAAUUCCCAAGGGCUAAUUCACACACACCUGAAUCCCAGGAAGCUUGUGACCAUAAAGGUCAGGAAGAAGAGAACCAAGGAAGUUCUCCUCAGAGUCUGAAGAGAGCUGCUAGCGAGGACUCUCCAGUGUGUAGGAAAGAACUUCCAGAAAAUGCCCAGAUUCCUGCUUUUGAUAGACACGUGAGUCCAAGCCCAAGUGUUGUUACAAUUCAAAGAAGUAAAACAGGACAGAGAGUCUUUACAUGUGACAUAUGCAAUAAAACAUUUAAAUAUAACUCAGACCUGAGUCGGCAUCGCAGAAGUCACACCGGGGAGAAGCCUUACGAAUGUGGCCCGUGUGGGCGGUCCUUUACCCACAGCUCCAAUCUCAUUCUGCACCAGCGAAUUCACACUGGGAACAAACCAUUCAAGUGUGACGACUGUGGGAAAACUUUUGGGCUCAAUUCCUAUCUCCGUCUGCACCAGAGAAUUCACACUGGAGAAAAGCCUUUUGGGUGUAACGAAUGUGGGAAGGCCUUCAGCAGAAGUUCCAGUCUUAUUCAGCAUCGUAUAAUCCACACUGGAGAGAAACCUUACAAGUGCAGUGACUGUGGGAAGGCCUUCAGCCAGAGUCCCCAGCUGACUCAGCACCAGAGGAUUCACACGGGAGAGAAGCCCCACGGCUGCAGCUGGUGUGGAAAGGCGUUCAGUCGAAAUGCUAGCCUCAUUCAGCACCAGAGGAUUCACACGGGAGAGAAGCCCCACAAGUGCGCUCAGUGUGGGAAAGCCUUCAGCCAGAGCUCCAGCCUCUUCCUUCACCACAGGGUUCACACCGGGGAGAAGCCCUACGUGUGCGGUGAGUGCGGGAGAGCCUUUGGCUUCAAUUCUCAUCUCACUGAGCACGUCCGGAUUCACACGGGGGAGAAGCCCUAUAUCUGCAGCGAGUGCGGCAAAGCUUUCAGCCGCAGUUCCACUCUGAUGCAGCACCGCAGAGUGCAUACCGGGGAGAAGCCCUAUCGGUGCACCGAGUGCGGGAAGGCCUUCAUCCAGAGCUCCCAGCUCACCCUCCACCAGCGUGUUCACACUGGAGAGAAGCCUUAUGAAUGUGGGCUCUGCGGGAAGGCUUUCAGCCGGAGAUCAGCCCUCACUCAGCAUCAGCGGACUCACAUGGGAGAGAGCCCACAGGAGUUUGAGUGUGACCCAGAUUUUGUUUAUGACUCCAGCCAUCUGUCCACGGGAGAGAGACACGGCAGGGCCUUCAGCCACAGUGCAAAACUUGUUCUCCAGUGGACAAUUCAGAGUGAUGAAAAACCCCGGGGAUGCACUGAAUGCGGGAAAGCUCUCAGUGCUUCCUCAGUGGAAUAUCAGAAAAUUCAAGCUGCCGAGAAACCCUAUAAAUGCCAGGAAUGUGGUAAAGCUGGCAGCGGCAUGUCCCAUACUCAACAUCAUGUAACUGGGGUUGGAGAGAAACCACAAUUGAAUGACGGAUCUGAAAGAUACUUAAUUCAUAUCAAAAAGAUUUUUCAAGAAAGACAUUUUUAAUGUGAUGAAUGUGGGAAACAGUUUAGAAAGUUUAUUUUAUAUUAGGUAGGACGGCAUAAUGAAAAUUAAACUCUCAUUAGCAGACUUGCCUCUUAGGAGGCUGGGGCCCUGUGUGCCUACUGUCUCCACCCACCCCACUCCCCACACCCAGGGUCCUGACUGACUCAGCGUAGCGGGCCACCUUAGCAUCAGGUCAAGUUCAGGUUUUUAGCACAGGGCCGAGUUUCAACACUAAAGAGCACUGACGGAAGGUUUCAAGAUACGACAUAUCUCUUCAUUGGUGAUCGAAAACGAGAAACCCAGAGAUCUGGGGAAUUGGGUUUGUCACCUUUGAGAAUAUUAAUGAUGCUAAGGACAAGAUAUGGCAGUAUGUGGACGGUUUGGGGACUGAGGUGGCUCUGCCAGUCUCUAGGUGUAGAGGAGACUGAAGCUUUGGGGGACAGCCACUGUAAGGCACGGAGAGAGGGCUACAGAGUGACAGUUGGUAACCGGAGCUUAGGGCCAGUAUGACAGUGACAGCGAGGACAGCUACAAAGAGUGAAGCUGCUGGAGGCUCUGGUGGCUGCAGUCUAGCGACAGUCAUGUACAGAGAACAGAUCCUGCACUCCCUCUCCCUGCCCGCAGCGUGACUGCUGCUUACACCACACCUCCUCUUUAUCUUUAGUAGGCUUCUUUUUAAAGAGCUGUCCUUGUGUUGUUCUGUUCUGUUUUGUUUAAUGUUUUCCAAGUACCUGAGCCACAGGGACAGGCAGAGCCCUGUGAGUGUGAGGUUUCAGAUCAGACACUUGUGUCCGCCAUCUUUACUGUUGUGUGUGUGACGGGAGGAGUGCUGGCUGUACUGCCUCUUCUCUCCAGAGCCUCCACUUGGGUCUCUGAGAGCAAGCAAGUGGACUCUGAAUCUAUGAUCUUUUUGGAAGUUGCGCAAGCUGUGGUUCCUCCAUCUCCAUAUAAUAUUUCUCAGUGAAGCAUGGCUGGAGACCAGUUAGCAGCAGGGUUGCCUGAGUCCAGCCUGCACACCUCCAUGCUGUGUGCCCAGUGUCAGUGCAGACAGCAGGAGAUUCUAGGUGAUGUUUAUUUAUAUUGUACUUUUUUACUGGAAGGUGUAUGACCAAGCCAUGGUGAUGUAUUUGAUGGCUGAGGAGUUCUGAUACCCAGUUUCCUUUGGAUUUAUGAAGCCAAUUAAAAAAACUGAAAAUCACUAUCAAUCUGUAGGGAUGCGGUGUGACUCAGUACAGAGUGUGCCUAGUUUAUACAAAACCCUUGGUUUGAUCCCAGCACUGUAAAAACUGGGCAUUUUGGCAUACACCUUUAAUUUUAGCAUUCCAGAUAUGGAGGCAGAGGAUAAGUUCAAGGUUAUCCUUAGCUACAUAGCAAACUUGAGACCAGCCGAGGCUACGUGAUACCCUAUCCAAAACAAAACAGAAAAUUAACUAAUUAAAUAAUACCAGCAAGCAAGAUAAAUUGAAGGAUUGCUAGUCAUAUUGAAGUUAAAAGUAAACACGGGGAAUUCAUCCUGGAAAAUAAA